UGCCAAGUGACUAAAAGCACAAAGUGAUGGGCAGGCAACCUUGUUGCGACAAGCUUGGAGUGAAGAAAGGGCCAUGGACUGCCGAGGAGGACAAGAAAUUGGUGAAUUUUCUCCUCACACAUGGCCAAUGUUGUUGGCGGGCCGUCCCCAAGCUUGCCGGCCUCCGCCGCUGCGGCAAGAGCUGCCGCCUCCGGUGGAUUAAUUACCUCCGCCCCGACUUGAAAAGAGGCCUCCUUAAUGAUGCUGAAGAACAACUUGUUAUUGACCUGCACGCCCGCCUUGGCAAUAGGUGGUCGAAAAUUGCAGCAAGAUUGCCGGGAAGAACUGACAAUGAGAUCAAGAAUCACUGGAACACGCACAUCAAGAAGAAGCUUGUCAAGAUGGGGAUUGAUCCAAUUACUCAUGAGCCUCUCCACAAACAAGUCACCACCCUACAAGAAAUGCCUUGUGAAGCAAGUAAUCAACCUGCAAACUCAGACAUGAGUAUUCAGCAGAUGAAUACAAACAUCCCAGAACAUGGAAUCAGCACCAACAGUGACGGUAACUCUACAAGUGAAAAUUCCCCAAGCAAUGACUCAGAGCCAGCUGAGCCAAACCCUAAUUACAGUGAGGAAGAAGACCCGUUGGUGAGUUUCAUAUUAUCCGAUACAUUUCUUGAGGAUUUAACAUGGGAUUUUUCGACCUCGUCAGAAUACAGCUCAGCUGAUAAUCCAACGGAGGAGAAUAGCUUAGCAUGGUUCAUGGACUGUAAUGAUUUUGGAGUUGAAGAUUUCGAGCUUUGAUUGUAUGGAAGAGAAGUGAUUUUCACACAUCAUUUUUCUUCUUAUGCACAUUAUGUUGAUUUUCAACCUUCUGAUUGAACAGAUCUAGGGUGAAAGAAAGAAAAAAUUAAACAUGUGUGCAGAAAAAGAAAAUAGACGUACGAAAAUCAUUUCCA